AUGAGGAGCUUCAAAGGCGUCGACUUUGAGACUCUGCUAAAGAGCCAAAAGGAGGCUGAAAGCUUGCUGCUUGACUUGAAGGAAUUCCUCUCCAAGAAUACAGCUGGUUCUUCAAGCAGUCGAUCUGAUUCUGAGAGAAGACACAUUUGUGAUGCCAUCUUGAGGGCUUGCAACAAGCAGCUGACUGCCAAACUGACCUGCCCUGGGUAUCUGUGGAGCCUGCUAGAGCUGGCUGAGCUGGCUUCCAAUGGCUACUUGAUGUCCACCUCCCAGCACCCACCCCUCUACCUAGAACGAAUUCUUAUUGUCUUUCUUCAGAACCUUGCCACUCAGGAAGUCCCAGAGGCCACACUACGUCUUUCUCAGACCCUCCAUGCCUGCUUACUGCAGAGCUCUCGGCAAGCUUCUCCUCAAAACUAUGACACUGUAGCUCGGAGCAGCUUUAUUGUGCUUUGGAAGGGGGCAAAUGCCUUGUCAGAGCAGCGAGCUGCAUUCUCAGCCCGGCUAAAGGCCUUGAGCUUUCUAGUACUCUUAGAAGAUGAAAGUCCCCCUUGUGAGUUACCCCAUUUUGCUUCUCUAACAGCCUCUCGAGUGGUAACAGCCUUUCAACUGUUUGAUGCUAGUGGGCAUGGUCUGAGUGAAGAAGAUGCCGAUUUCAUAGGUGACCAGAUCUCUGAGCAGUUGAUCAGAGUCUUGGUGCAUGAGGGAGGGGGCUCCCCUGGUCCUCUUUCUCCCCGGAGGGCCCUCUGUGUCAUGGAGCUUACUCUGGAAUAUUGCCGCCGGCUCUGCUGGAGCUCUUUUCAUGCUAAGGCCACCAGUGCAGUGGAGAAAGCCCAAGAGUACUUAAGAAACACCAAUCUGGCCCCCAGCCUCCAGCUCUGCCAGAUGGGGGUGAAGCUACUGCAGGUGAGGGAGGCAGGAGACCCGGUGGUGGCUGCGCUUCUGAAUCAGGCAACAGCUAUCCUGGACAACAGUCUUAAGACACCAUCUCCUGCACUGCGGGCAUUGUGUGAAAGCUGCCAGUUUUUCCUCUCAGGACUGGAACGAAGCGCCAAGAAGUGCUAUAGACCUGAUGCUAUUCUCAACUUCUUUGGUAUUCUCAACAGCUACAGUUCACUUCUAUGGAGACUGAAGGAUGAGGUCAAUACAGAUGAUGCCAAGCAGCACCAGUCUUUGGUGCAGAUGCACUUUCAGGCACUCUACCACUACAUCUCGAUGGUUUAUGAUUUUGUUGAAGGCGGUGGUGAGGUAACAGAUUUGGCUGUCCUGGCUCAGUUAGUGGAGAGUUGCAAAGCUACUGUCCUCUUGCUGUUGAAGGUGUUACAGAGCUUAUCAGGCCAAGAGCUGACUGACUGCAUGGAGACAACUGUCUUUUAUAUUAGCAACUUGGCCUACAGAUUCUACAGUCACAAGUUCUAUGCAGAGGUCUGUGAAGUCUUAGAGCCCUUCUGCCAACACUUGGGCACCUAUCCUGACUUGCCUCCUAAGCAGCUGCACAGGUGCUUCCGGCUACAUGUGGACAGUUUGAAGAAGCUGGGUAAACAUGACCAGGGCUGCAUCAUGGUGACUCUGUGGCUGACAACACUGCAGUCCUAUGGCCCUGAGCACAUGACUGAGCCAGUCACCUUCUGGGUUCUGAUGAAAAUGGAUGCGGCUAAGGCAGGAGACAAGGAAUUGCAACUGAAGACGCUACGAGACAGCCUGCCUGGCUGGGACCUAGACACACUGGCCUCUCUGCUGCGGGAGGAGCUGCAGGCCUAUAAGAAGAUGCGAGCAAACACGGGGCAGGAAAGGUACAACGUCAUCUGUGACCUGCUGGAACUGAGCCCCGAGGAGACAUCUGCGGGGGCCUGGGCACAAGCCACGUACCUGGUGGAACUGGCUCAGGUGCUCUGUUACCACAACUUUACUCAGCAGACCAACUGUACUGCUUUGGAUGCUGUCAACAAAGCCCUGAAACUUCUAGAAUCUGUGAGCCCCGAUGCCCAGACCCAGGAUCAACUUUGGGAUGACAAAGCACAGGCCUUGCUGUGGCUCUACGUCUGUACUCUGGAAGCCAAUCUACAGGAAGGUAAUGAGAGGGAUGGGAGAGCUCAGACUCCUCGUAACCUGGAAGAAUAUGAAGUCAAUGACCUCAACUAUGAAGAAAAACUCCAGAAACAUCAUUUCUUGUACAGCAACAUUGCUUUCAACCUGGCUGCAGAAGCUGCUCAGUCCAAAUGCCUGGACCAAGCACUAGCUCUGUGGAAACAGCUGCUGACAAAGGAGCAGGCCCCUGCUGUGCGGUGUCUCCAUCAGACUGCUGUGUCCUUGCAGAUCCUGGCAACUCUCUAUCAUCUGGCGGCAAAGCCCCUGCAGGCUGUGGAGGUCUUCCAGCUUGUUCAGAUGGUUGCCCAAAGACUGGAGGAUCACGCCAAGGCAGCUAGCUCCUGCUUCCACAUCACCCGGCUCUUCCUGACUCUGGGCUGUCCUGGCUCUGCACAGUUAUACCUAGAAGAGUCCGAAUCAAGCCUGAAGCUUAUGGAUCACAAUACUGACACAUACCUGCUCCUUUCCCUGACCCGGGACCUACUUCAAAGUGAACUCUACUACCUUCACCAGAAGGUGGCGGAGGGUGCCUCACUCUUGCUGUCAGUGCUUCAGAAUCCUGCCCUUCAGAAGGCAUCCAAGGCCUGGUACUUGUUGCGUGUCCACGCACUGCAGCUGAUGGCAUUGUACCUUAGCCUCCCACCAGAUAGCCUCUCUGGCACCCUGGGUGAGCAGCUCUUCACACAAGGCUGGCAGAGCCCGGAGAUAGCACUCAGUGUUUCCCAUAAGCUCCUCCGAAGCAUUCUCCUCCUCCUCCUUGGCUGCGAUGUGCUCUCAGCUCAAAAGGCAGCAGGAGAGACACCUUUUUUGGAUUAUGGUGAAAAUAUAGUACAAAAAUGGCAGGUUCUUACAGAGGUGCUGAGCUGCUCGGAGAAGCUAGUGUCCCACCUGGGCCGCCUAGGCAGCGUGACUGAAGCCAAGGCCUUUUGUUUGCAGGCCCUGAAACUUAGUGUGAAACUGCAGAUACCAAGGCAGUGUGCCCUGUUCCUGGUGCUGAAUGGGGAGCUGGAGUUGGCCCGCCAUGACACUGAUCUCUGCCAAUCAGACCUGCAGCAGGUUCUGUUCUUGCUUGAGUCUUGCACAGAAUUUGGUGGAGUGACCCAGCAGCCCGACACUGUGAAAAAUGUCAACCUGAAGAAGGGGAAACUGGAGGCUUGCAACCCCCAUCCUCCAGCACCUCCAGAAGAGGACCUGUUCCUCAAAGGUCCUGAUCUGGAGCUGGUGGCCACAGUGGCCAAGGAGCCUGGCCCUGAAGCACCUUCCACUCACUCCUCUCCGAUUCUGAAAAAGAAGCCCCUGCCUAGCCCCCACUUCCUGACCCAUACAACCACUUGUGACUGCUGUCUUUGUGCCAGUCCCAUUCUCUCUGCUGUCUGUCUGCGCUGGGCCUUGGUCACCGCAAAAAUGAGAAUAACCCUGGGCCAGAAAGCUCAAGGGCUAGAGUUGCUACAGUUUGUGCUGAAGGGUUGCCCUGCAGCCACUGAGCGUCUAACCCAGUCUCUUCGAGCUUCCCUGCAGCCCAGAGCCCCUUCCUCCUCCUCUGCCCCAUGCCUCUUCAACGAGAUUUUGGCUGAGGCAUACACACAGCUGGCACUGGAGGGGCUGAACCAACCCUCAGACAAGAGUCAUGAGAAGGUCCUGGAGUCUGGACUGAAGUUUGUGGCAGCCUGGAAACCCCACCUGGAGCCCUGUCGAGCUGCCCUACUCCUGAUUCAGGCUCUCACGAAGCUGGUCGGCCACAGCUGCUGCACAGCCCAACUUUUUGCAAGCUCUUGGGGUUGGCAGCCUCCGUCAGUAAAGAGCCCACCAGGCUCAGAAUCUAAAUCUCGGAGCCAAAAACAUUCUGGACAAGGGCGCCAACUUGCAUCCUCCACUUCUCAGCCCUCCGGUACUGUCUUUCUGAAAUUUCUAAAAACUGGAGGAAUACCCAGUACCCCAAAGUUCUCAAGCUGGGUCAACCAGAAUGGCCCUCGGGUCCCUUUCACUGUAUUUGAGGACGUCUCACCCACCAAGUUCAAGCAAGAAGUUCCCAAGGCACCCCGGAUCCGACAGAAGACCCAAACGCGCCUUCUGGUGGACUUCAGUGAUGACAGUGACUUGGAGGACCUCCUCUCAGGAGACACACAGCUCGCAGAGGGGCUAAAGAAACGAAGCAUUGCUUCUCGGGGCAGGGGCAGGGGCAGGGGCCAGGGCCGAGGUCGAGGCCGAGGCCGGAAGAGUCCCAGCUUGAAAACAGAUGUCAUAGCUGCCCCAGGGACUGCCCAGGAACACCCCAGCUCCAGUGGCAGAAGCCGGAGGACCAAGAAGGCAGCAUCGGGACUUUGUGAGGAGAAGAGCCAUGAAGUCAUGAGGACUAUUUCUGAGGAGAUACUGACUGCCAAUCAGUUGGAAGUGAGCUUUGAGAUCUUUAGGGGCUCUGAUGUAGAAGACUCUGCCUCAGGUACAAAGGGCCCAGAUGCAAGACCUGGUGUGGCUGUCAGGAACCAGGGGUUACUGGGACAGGAUUCCAGCCAAGAGGAGCUGCCAAUACUGUGCCCAGACAAGGACAAAGACAAAAAUCUGCGCUUCCGACUCCCCUCAGCCCCUGUGGCAACUGGUGUCUCUUCCCUGGACUCCAUCUAUGACUCCCUCAGUGUUGCCUUCCAGGCAGUCAGACACUGCCCUCCCAGUGGCCUUUAUGCUCACCUCUGUCGCUCCCUGUCCUUGUGCCUGGGUCACCGGGAUCCCUAUGCCACUGCCUGCCUGGUCACCGAGUCUGUGUCCAUCACCUGCCGCCACCAACUAUUUACCCACCUCCACCGGCAGCACAGCAAAACUCUGAAGCACCAAGGAUUAUCCGAAGUUAUAAACCUGCUGCAGGGCCUGAGUCUUGAGGAAAAGCCGGGCAAUGUUCCUCUCACCCGCCUCCAGCACCUUUUUUCCUUCAGGACCUCAGAGUCUGGCCAUUUCCCUGAGCCUGAGAAGGAAAGUUUCCGGAAACGCCUGGCUCUGCUCCCUGAUGGGGUGAUUGUAUGUGUGUUGGUCCUGGCCACCCUUCAGCCUGGAAUUACGGGUGACACUCUUUUGCUGACCCGGCUGGAAAAAGACACUCCCCCAGUCACUGUGCAGAUACCCACGGCUCAGAACAAGUUUUCUCUAAGUUCAGCCCUGAAGGAGUUUGACAGCAUCCAGAAGGAACAGAAGGCAAACAGCAAUUGUACUGACAAGAAGGAAUGGUGGACGAGACGGCUAGAACUGGAUCGCAGGAUGCAGGCCCUCAUUACUUCUCUGGACAAGCAGGUAUUGGGGUGCUGGAGGGGGCUGCUGCUGCCAGCUAGUGAGGACCCCAGCCUUGCCCGAGAGGCCACCCGCCUCUUAGAGUUGCUGCAGGAAUGUGGCUGGAGAUACCCGGAUUUCACUCUGCUGAAAAUCCUGCUCAGUAAUGCCAGUACCCUCACCCCGCUGGACGUCCAGACCCUCGCCCAUGGGCUGUGCCCAACCCGGCCCGAAUGUGCCCAGGAGCUCAUGAAUGAGGUUUUAGGACGUGUACAAGGUCAGAAGAAACUAAGCAAUAAGUACCUCGUCUUGGUGCUAGACAAGGACCUCCAGAAACUGCCCUGGGAAAGCAUGCCCAGCCUCCAGACAAUGUCAGUCACUCGGCUGCCCUCCUUCCGCUUCCUGCUCAGCUACUCCAUCCUCAAGGAGUCUGGGGCCUCAUCUGUGCUGAGCCAAGGAGUGGAUCCACGCAGCACCUUCUAUGUCCUGAACCCUCACAGAAACCUGUUCCGGACAGAGGAGAAAUUUCGAGACCUUUUCAGCAGUGAGACUGGCUGGAACGGCGUGGUUGGAGAGAUGCCAAACCCAGAGCAGGUGCAGGCGGCGCUGACAGAGCAUGACUUGUACAUUUAUGCAGGUCAUGGGGCUGGUGCGCGCUUCCUGGAUGGGCAGGCUGUCUUGCAGCUGAACUGCCGGGCUGUGGCCCUCCUGUUCGGCUGCAGCAGCGCAGCCCUGGCUGUGCAUGGAGAUCUGGAAGGGGUUGGCAUCGUGCUCAAGUACAUCAUGGCUGGUUGUCCGAUGUUUGUUGGUAACCUCUGGGAUGUGACUGACCGGGACAUCGACCGCUACGCAGAGGCCCUGCUGCAAGGCUGGCUCAGAGCUGGUUCCGGAGCCUCCCUUCUCCACUAUGUUAACCAGGCCAGGCAGGCCCCUCGACUCAAGUAUCUUAUUGGGGCCUCGCCUGUUGCCUACGGCUUACCUGUUUCCCUGAGGUGA